ACGUGAUAUCACGUAUGGAUUGACAAAUCAACAGCUUACCCACCUUGUCCUUUGCUCCUCGCCAUAUAAAUUGAGGCUUUUCUUAGAUCCCAUUCUACAAAUCAGAUCAACUUUACACCGCACCUUUUCUCUCCAAACACAACAGACACAUAGCAGGUUAACCCCGAGAUUUGAGUAGUCAUGUCGUCCUACCACUACACCUCCGAAACUCCAGACGAGGUCAAGAACGCAAAGGGCUUGCACUUGAUCACGCAGUCCACGCCUAACGGUCAAGCGGUCCAGAUCUUUCUCGAGGAGCUGAAAGAUGCUUACGGCACCGAGUGGACCACUACCAUCAUCGAUAUCUCUACCAACGUCCAGAAGUCGGACUGGUUCCUGAGACUAGACCCGAACGGCCGUAUUCCAGUGCUAGUGGACAACACGCAGUCUCCGCCGUUCACGGUGCACGAAACGUCCGCAGAACUGUUUUAUCUGCUCAAGUUCGCGGAUAAAGAGGACAAGUUUGGGUUCAAGGAUGAGCUGGAGCGGAAUCAGACGCUGCAGUGGACGUUUUUCUGGCACGGGAGUGGGGCGCCGUAUCAGGGGCAGGUGAACCAUUUCAGCCGCGCGGCGCCCGAGAAGAUCCCGUAUGCGAUUAAUCGGUUCAAGAACGAGACCCUCCGCGUCUUCGGCGUCCUCGAAAUACACCUCUCGGGCAAAUACACCGGCACCCCGCGCGAGUACCUGGCCGGCAACGGCGCGGGCAAGUACAGCGUUGCGGACAUCAAGACGUGGCCGUGGGUCAAGAACUGGGAGAGAAGCGGGUUCAGCAAGGAGGAUGUAAGCGCGUUUCCGCAUCUGUUGAAGUGGAUUGAUAGGAUCGCUGAGAGGCCCGCGGUACAGCGGGGCAUUGGGGAGGCGUACGCUAAGAAGACCAUUUAGAUGAGACGAGGGGGAAGACAAAGUAUUGGGCAUGACAAGACAGUCAACCGGUACAAGAGAAUCUGCACGCUUGAGCCAUCCGCACACUACCAUCGCUUUCACCUCAAGAUGCAAAAGUAAUACCACCCCAAAGUACCAUUCCUCCGGCCCUUUCCUUGCCUACACCACCCUCCCCAGCUUGAACCCUCCCGGCACCCUCUCCUGCCAAAACGCCCCCGGGUCAACGCUCCCCGCAACACCCUUCAUAAACUUAACUGUCUCAGCCCCAUAGCUCCCCAAAGCAUCCUGCCCGGGAUG